AUGGACUUACUGUCUGAAAUAACAUUUUGUAAAUAUUGUACAGAACAACUUAAGCUCUCUGAAGACGAGGGACUUGAAUGUACAGUGUGUAAAAAGAAUGUACAUUUGAGAUGUUUAAAAAGGGGAGCAGUUCCUGGGGGUCUUGCUGGGGACACAUUUUUUACUUUUAUUUGUUUGGAGUGCUCAGCCAAUCAAACUGAAAAUUUUACUCGAACUAAGCUGUCCUGGCUUCAAGUCAUAGUAUUAGUAUUGUAUCACUUACAAAAUAAGAGUCCAGGUUUAGCUAGAAAAGGAUUUUUUCAUUGGAGACAUCAUGUUGCUACUUUUGUUGACAAAAAUUGGGAAAUAUUAUUUCCAAGUGAUCAAAAGAGAAAAAAGAAAUGGAUGGGAACAAUAGCUGGAACACUUUCCCAUUUUAACAGAUAUAUUUUCUUAUCUGGUAUUACAGUAUUCAAUGAACCUGCUUUCUGGGCAUUGAUGUAUCCUAAAAUUAGCCCUUUGACAGUUUCAAUAGUAUAUUCGGCAAUGAUUUUAGAAAAACAAAACAUGAAAAAUAGGAAGGAAACACUUGCCCCAGAUGCAGAAUUAUUUUAUAGCUUUUUAAGUAAAUUUGUAGAAAAUCCAGAACUAAUUAAAAAUUUUAAUAACAUCAGUGUACAACCAGUAAUGGAUGUUGAUGUAGAAGACAACCAAAAGGAGGUAAAAGCAAAAAUCAAUUAUAAAAGGAAAAAGACAAAAUUUCUUGGUUUCAAUACGAGAAAAUUGGCGAAACUCACCCAUACCAGUGUCAACAGUUUGUUUUCUGAUGAUGUAAUAAACGUCAACUUGGAUUUACCAGAUAAUACUAUUACCAGUUCUCCAGAACCUAAACAAGAGGAAACAAAAGCCAAAGAGACUUUAAAAUUGUUAGACCCUUUUUGCCAUUACAAUACAUCAUUAACCAGCAUCGCUAGAGCUAGAGGCCUAACGCUUCAUGCUAAAUUGACAGGAGGAAUAAGACAGGAAUUAAUACUAUCCCCCUAUAGUGGCAUUUAUCUGAAGCCUUACAUUCGAAGAGACGUAGAAACCUUUCCCACUUGGUUAAAAUUAAUGGCAGAAAUCCAAGUGACUGCGAAUAAAUCUAAUAAGGAUUAUCUGUUACCACCCAGAGGACCUAUUGAUUACACAUAUAUUCAACCUGAACAUAUACCGGCUAUCAAUAGUCUUUGUAAUCAAUUUUUUUGGCCUGGGAUAGAUUUGACAGAAACGCUACAGUACCCAGACUUUAGCUGUAUUGUUUUAUACAAAAGACUGAUUAUAGGAUUCGCCUUUUUAGUCCCAGAUGUCAAAAAUACCGAAAAUUAUAUGUCGUUUUUAUUUACAAGACCUGGAUGGAGAAACUGCGGCAUUGCCAAAUUUAUGAUUUAUCAUUUAAUUCAAACCAGUUUAGAGAAGGACAUAACUCUUCACGUUUCAAUGAACAAUCCUGCAUUGUUAUUAUAUCAGAGAUUUGGUUUUAAAGUCGAGAACGUAGUAUUAGGAUUUUAUGAUAAGUUUCUCAGAAGUGAAGUAAACGAUUCCAAACACGCAUUUUUCUGUAGAUUGGAAAGGAGAUAA